AUGGACCGCGAUCACAGCAGCCUCGUCUGGGUAGGGUUGGAGGAGGGAAGAAAAGUGGACGCCCAGCUGUGGGCGCUCACUUGCGCCCUCUUGGUCAUGAUGUUGACGGCGAGCACCAACGUUAUGGCCGUGGAGGUGUGCGACAGCUGCACGUACACCACCAUCUGUGCGGUCCUACCCAGUGUCGGCGCCAACACCGAAGUGCGCGUCCAUGCCGGUACCUAUGCGGAGACAAUCAACUGCACCUGCACCGCCAGCAACGUCACCCUCAAUUUGCUGGGCCAAGUCAACGUUUCCUUGGACAAUCAGCCCUGGCUUUCCAUCAGCGGAGUGAACUUCACCUUCACCAACGGCACCUUGAACCUAAUGGGGGGUUUGGCUGUCACGGCAGGCGCCACCGUGUUCCAGGAUGCUGCGGUGUUCAUCAACGGCUCCUCAACGAAUACCAUUAACCCUUUCCCUCUUCUGGCGGUGAUCGACGCGGUGUGGAACCAGAACGGACAGCUCAAGGUCGACAACGCGGUCGGGUCCGGGACUCCUGGAUUGCUCGGGAGGGGCAUGACGUGGAACCAGAAGGGCGUUUUCUCCAUGAGCUACUCCAGCGGCUACGCACAAGUCCACACUAUCAGGGACUCCACAUGGAUCUCCAACGGGCCACUCACAGUCACCACGGCAUCAAUCGACGCGGUUGUGGUCUUCCAGAACUCAACGUGGAUCCUCAACUCUAUCAGCCUCGCCAUUGAGACAGUGGUUUCGUUCGUGUCCGAAUCGACUUGGAUCCAGAACAGCGACUUCUACGGCACUGCUGCCCAACGCACCGGGGUGAAGCUAGAGAACAGUGUCUGGAAGCAAUAUGGCGCAGUCACUCUGCUGGUUGGUGCUGGAUUUCCGAAUCCUGCCAUCAGCGGUAGCCUGCAAGCCAGGUGGAAUCAAUACGGGGCCUUGGACGUGCUCGCUACUGGAGGAAACAUCGGAAUCACCUGCGGAGUAGCUAUUGACGAGUUCACCUGGUUCUCCAAUGGGCGUGUCAACGUCACCGCCACGCCAGGAUCCACGGGCAUAGGCACGGUUAGCGUCAACUUGAACACAUCGACCGUCACCAUCACGCCCAAAGAUUCGAGCGGCCAGGAGCAACCCUCAGCGGCGGUCAGCCUUACCCUGGAAAACCUCACAUCUAGCAACACGUCCAGCAACCCCGCCAUACGCAAUGGAACGUGGAACGAGGUGGCCAACAACAGCCUGGGCGCCAGCCAGUCGUUCCUCUACUCAUGCAUCCUCGACUUCAACACCUCAAGCUCUGCGCCUGACAAUAAUCGGACAUCGACGCUCGCGCUGCAGUACUUUGUGUUCGCCAACACGACCACCAUCGACCUCGGCUCGAGUGCAGCGUCCGGACCGGUCAAGUUCGACGUCGCGCCGGCCUUCACCAAGUUCACGCUCACCCUCACCGACUGGCAAUGGCAGUCGCCCGACGAUGCCAGCGAGCGGGCUGAGGCGCGUGUGGCCAUCAGGCCGGUUUUCACGGGAUUCACCGAAGUGGCGUCGACGAGCGCUCACGUGCGCGAGUUCGUGCUGAGCGGGCAGACUGGCCAGACCUACGGCGGCGGUGGUGGCCAGGGCGGCAGCGCGUCGACGCGGCUGCGACUGGUAGAGGCCGUCACCGUCGACGGCGUGCUCGAGGUCGUAUCGACUCGCAACGCGACUGCGGCGAAGAGCGGGCGCCUGUGGUUCACGCUUGACACGGCCACGUCGGAGCUGGUACUGUCGUUCGGCCGAUUCAACUCGAGCCUGGUCUACGACCCCGAUGUGGGCGUGCUGCUGCGAGGGAAAGAAGGCGGAGGCGGCAGUGACAACACGGGCCUCAUCAUCGGCGUUGCGGUGGCCGUGCCCCUGGCUAUCCUCGUGGUCCUCGCCGUCGUGGUGGGCGCCGUGGGCAUCACGUACUGGCACAGCCGGCAGAGGCACCACGGCGCCGUCAACUUUGGCGCGGACGACUCCGCAGGCGGCCUGUGA